UCUAGUAACACAGCCAAACAGUCACUGAACAUUAUCCACACUCCCUCAUCUCAUCUUCUUCAAAGCCCCAAAAUUUCCACUCAAAAUUAAAAAACAAAUAGCUCUGCAACAAUAAUGGCGAUUACAAUGUCUUCAUUAACAUCCUCCUUCGCGUCUCUCUCCUUUACUUCUCAAAUCUCGCAGAAACCUAACUCAAUCUCCCUCGCUUUCGCCAAACCUAACUGCUCAACUCUCGUGAAGAGGCACUCGCCGCUCGUCGUCGCCGCGAACGCCGCUGCCGUCGCCGGAGAGACGGAGGACCUGAAGAAGUUUGUCAAGGCCACGCUUCCCGGCGGAUUCGCCGCGCAGACGCUGUGGGGAACUGGCCGCCGGAAAUCGGCAAUUGCUCGUGUCGUUCUCAAGGAAGGGACCGGAAAAGUUAUCAUCAAUUAUCGCGAUGCGAAGGAAUACCUUCAAGGAAAUCCACUGUGGAUUCAAUAUGUUAAAGUUCCUUUAGCGACGUUGGGAUAUGAAAGUAGUUAUGAUGUAUUUGUUAAGGCACACGGUGGCGGUCUUUCUGGCCAGGCUCAAGCAAUUUCUCUUGGUAUUGCCCGUGCUUUACUUAAGGUCAGUGAGGACCACAGAGUACCCCUGAGGAAGGAGGGUCUUCUCACCAGGGAUGCAAGAGUAGUUGAAAGGAAGAAAGUGGGACUCAAAAAAGCCAGAAAAGCCCCACAAUUCUCCAAGCGUUAAGGUUUGUUUUUGUACAUCCACCGCAGAACUUUUGCUUGUAAAGGCAGUAUUCAGGUAGCAAGAUGUGUAUCAGUGUAUACUGGAAGAGCAGCUGAAAAAAGAUGUUAUUUGUACUGAGAUUAGAUAUUUUUUGAAACUUGUAUUAUCAUUAUGGGUAAUGUGUUUAAAAAUGAAAUCUCUAACAUUGGUUGCUAAUGCAAUUAUCAUUCCCUAACAAAAA